GUGAUGACAAAGUUUUGCUCGGAACGAAUUGCAAAAUAUGCCUUUGAAUAUGCAUACCUCAACAAUCGCAAGGUAGUGACUGCUGUGCACAAAGCAAACAUUAUGAAACUUGCAGAUGGUUUAUUUUUGGAGUCUUGUCGCGAGGUUGCAAGCAAAUAUCCUGGGAUCAAGUACAAUGAGAUCAUUGUGGACAACUGUUGCAUGCAACUUGUAUCAAGGCCUGAGCAAUUUGAUGUUAUGGUCACUCCAAAUCUCUACGGAAAUCUGGUGGCAAAUACAGCAGCUGGUAUUGCUGGAGGCACUGGUGUUAUGCCUGGAGGCAAUGUGGGGGCUGACCAUGCUGUGUUUGAGCAAGGUGCUUCAGCAGGAAAUGUAGGAAAUGAGAAGAUACUAGAGCAAAAGAAGGCGAAUCCAGUUGCCUUGUUUCUUUCAUCAGCCAUGAUGUUGAGACAUCUGCAGUUUCCUUCAUUUGCAGAUAGACUAGAGACUUCGGUGAAGCGUGUAAUUGCUGAGGGUAAAUACAUGACCAAAGAUCUUGGUGGAAAUUGCACCACCCAAGAAAUCACGGAUGCUGUCAUUGCAAAUCUGGACUAAUUUCAAAACCACUUCUAUCUCUUUUAUUCUCGAGAUGAUUCAUGCUACAUGUCUUUAAUUCAUCAUUCUUGUGAUGACUUUAAUUGUUCUCUACUUCCGUUGGUGCGGCGUGCCUUUCAAGGUGGCAUAUUCCACAAAAUAAUGUGAAUCUCCUAAGUGGAAAUAUUGAAGAUACAGGAUCCAAGUUUAUAGCCAUUUCUUUCUUAUAGCAUGUUUUUGUAACGAAGGUUAAUAAAUUCAAGGUAUACCAACUUUUGACUUGGAAACAGGCUUUUUGACGAACAGUUGGUUUGUUUUGCCUUGAAGCAUCAGAUAGAUUUUUCUUUUUUAUCGUGGGGCUAGCAUAAAUUUGUCCGAGGAACCACAACCACUUACGUGAAUCCAUCAAAUUUGGCUGUCUUUGGGCUAUCUACGCAAGAUUAGGCACUAAACUUGAUCUUGAAGGACCGUUUGAAGAAGGUACUGUAUACCAGUAGUUACUAAAGCAAGCACAACCGUUGUGAAGGUACCUCUUUAGGACAUCAAAUAUUGCUCGUAAUUCUUACUGAGUUUAAUUUCAUCGACAAUAUUGUAAAAGAUUUAGACAAUGAGGCCAUUUAUAAUCUAAUUGUAGUUGAAUUUCUAUGA